GGUGGCGACCAUGAGUUAAGAGCGCUGGAAGAAUCUGGAAAGGAGGAGAAGGUGGGAUCUAGUCGGUGGCACCGCUUAGAAUCAGCCCGUCCACAGGGCCAUGAAACCUUGGAACCUCGAAGGUACGCUCAUCUUCUAGGCCGCGUUCUUAGGAUAUCGAAAAGCAGCCGGUCAUGAGCCCCCAAGAGCGAGUCCCACCAUGGCAAAGAACCAAAGUCUGAGUGUAACACCAGGUCAGGAUCUUCAACGGAACUCCAUCCACCCUGAAAAGGAAAACGAGAGACAUCAAAGAUUGAAAUUUCUUUAAAAUGGCUGAAGGUGGACCUGGGAGAAACAGGCAGCAUCCAAAUAAUUUGCAGGGUCUGUUGAGACUUGCUGUGGAGGCAGGGUCAGUGGGUGACACAGCACCUGAGCUGCAGCCCAUGCCAGAAGAGCGCAGACAGUGGCUGCAGGAUGCGCUAUCGGAUGCAUUUAACGGGCACUUGGAUGAGAUUAAACAACUCAAAGAUUGUCUCGAAAUCCUGAAAGAAAUGCCUGAAGAUGAUACUGGUGAUGACGAAAGGCGCUGGAAUGCACUUGAUACAGUGGCUGACUUGUGUGAAAACCUCGACAAUGCGGGAGACUUCUGUAAGCUGGCUGGCAUGCAGCUGGUGGUGAGCAAUUUCCUGGAAUGUUUGGACCCUGAGCUACGAUGGCGAACAGCGCACCUCAUUGGGACGUGCAGCCAAAAUAACCCCUUUGUGCAGGAGCACGUUCUAAACCUGGGCACAAUGCCCAAACUCCUAGAUCUUCUCAACAGCGACAACAACGACAUGGUUCGAAUCAAGGCUCUCUUUGCCAUAUCAUGUCUGGUGCGUGAGCAGGAGGCUGGCCUGCGGGAGUUUGUUGACCACGACGGUUUCUCGGUAUUGAUGAGGGCCAUGCAGAGCAACGUUGAGAAGCUGAAGGUGAAGGCCGCGUUCCUGCUGCAGAACCUGCUCAUCAACAGCCCUGAGCACAAAGGUGGUGUCUCGUGCACGGAUGCAGUUCCACACCAGCUGAAUUUUGCCAACGUUCUCUGCUCAAUGGGAAUGGUGCAGCAGCUGGUGUCGCUCAUACAGACAGAGCAUGAUCCCUUUCAUGAGCAUGUUCUGGGUGCACUGUGCAGCCUGGUGACCAACUUCCCUGGUGGAGUCAGGCAGUGUCAGGAACCUGAGCUGGGCCUAGAGAAUCUUUUAAUUGAGAGAUCACGGAUGCUGAAAGACCAAGAGGAGUUUCAGGAAGAGUUGGAAUUCUGUGAGCAGCUUCUCCGUGUAUGCUUCAACCAGCCCGAGGAGAAUGGGAUGGACCGGUGAUCCGAGAUGUCUUUGAAGAGGUUUCUUACACUGCAUUGUUGGAAAGAAUUUAUCCAGCCUUUCAAACAGCUUCCUGUAACUGCAAUCUGUAAAGCUUUGGAAGCCUGGUGCAUUGUGAAUCAGCUUGUGUAUUACACAUAUUGGGGAAAAAGGACUGUUUACCAGAUAUUUAUUUCAGUCUUUUCAUGUUCCUUCAAACUGUCUCACCAUCCCAAUGUUACCCGGUCACCCUAUCUGUUUAUCCUGUGUACAGCUUUCUCCAGUCAGUAAUGACCAGUUAUUGAAGAUAAAAAUACACACAGCAAUCUGUCUCAAUGUCCCAUCGUUUCCCAGUCACCGUCUUUUUAUUCUGUGUACAGCUUUCUCCAUUUAGUGAAGAUAAAAAUACACACAGCAAUAUGUGUCCACCACAGUUUACAGUUUGUCAUUCUCUGUCCACCAUCUCUUUCUCUGCAUCUGUUGUUUUUUAGGACUAAAUCCCAGUGAGGGAAUUGGAGAUUUGUUAUUAUCACUGGCUGUCUUCUUUAGAAUCCCAGACUCACUCGACUAACAUUGCAAUCUAGCUGUCUUGACGUUCCUGGUGUCGUGCCAGGGAAUGUACAGUUUAUUUCUAAGGAACAGGAGGUGCUGAUCUCAUGCUUCUGAACUAAGACACAAACUCCUGGGCAGUGAACUGGCUGAAUAACUGCCAGGUUCUUUGACACUGCUGUAGCUUCCGCUGUGAAUUUCCCCAUAGCCUGAGGUGCUCAGAACAGCAGUGCUCCAAAGGAAAAUUAACUUGGGAGGGAAGGUGUGGAUAAGUGUUUUUAAAUUAGAGCAACACACACAAACUGCUGGAGGAACUCACCAGGCCAGGCAGCUUCUGUGGAAAGGGGCAAACAGUAGACAUCUUGGACCGAGACUCUUUAUUCCUCUCCAUAGAUGCUGCCUGACCUGCUGAGUUCCAACAGCAUCAAGUGUUUUUGUUUUUUAACUCUUCUCUUGCACAAGUAUUAUAAUAUUUUAAGAUCUGUACAUCUGAAAAUAAUGCAAGGGGAGAAGAGGCCUGAGUGUAACAGGGCAGUUCAUUAGACUGUUUGUGGUUGCCAGAUCGGUACCUGUGGUGUUACUGAGAGUUAGCGGAUUGACUUAACUUUAUACCUGCAGUCUUUGGGUCAGUGGAGCUCUGAAGGGCUGCAGAGAUGCAAGGAAGAGGCCACUUGUCUCUUGAGCCUGUUCAGCUGUACAGAUCAUUAGUUGUGUCAGUCUUUUCUACACAUCCAUUAAUAUCUUGGAGAACUUCCGAGCUGCUGUUUGUGAAAGUUGUCCAGCAUUCUGUGCACUGUAUUUUACAUUUCAAAGCAGUCAUUUGAAUAUAGUGGUUAUUGUGCGUAAGAACCUGGAAGGCACAACUUUCAGAUUGACCCCAGACUGUAGCAGGCUAGUGUCAUCUUGUGAGAUCCUUGUUCCUGCUUCAAGGAAGAUUCAGUUUCUGUAAAACAUUAAAGUGACGUUUGACCCCGUUGACUCUGUGGGCCUCUUUU